GGACGCGUCGAGCUUUAUUACCGUAGCUGAGAAAGUCAUUAAAAACAUGGCACCAGGAACGUUUGUAUAGUGCCUGCUUGCAUCGCAUUGGAAUCGGACAGGGGAAAAUUCGAGAACUCUUUUCAAGAAGAAACUAAAAUUAAAAAGCAGCUUGCAGGAAAGGAUGGGAAAGGACACACAUUUGGCUUGAUAUUUUGUAACGUUUGCAGCCUUGCAGGAAAGUUACUCGGGAUCUAUCGCCGUGGUGCAGGUGGCACCAAAAGCAGCUCCAGAGCCGAGUCUGUCACAGGCAGUGCUCGCAGCGGAUUCCGACGGGCGCGUGGCCCGGGACAUCUUCUAGUCGAGGGACCCUGCCGCGCCGUCCUGGUGUUAAUGUUGUAAGCUACAUGUAAGUUGCAGGUGCUAGGUGCGGACCAUUGACAUGAUUGAGUGGGUGCGGACUUGAUUGAUGAUGUCUUUUUUAUGAUGUAGUUGCCCAACGAUCUGUACCUGCAUGGAAUAAACUCCCUCUUCAAAUAGUUAAUGCAGUUUUGCUUGACAGCUUCCAAAAGGUUCUGCAAAAUCACCUUGAAAAUAUCCCUCACUCCUCGGUCAUAACGUGCGUCCAACUCCAAGUUUAAUCUCAUCUUCGACUCGAGAUAGGCUGCAGAGCCCUUUGAAGUUUGAAGAUUACGGCAGAUGAUGAGACGAUGACAGAAGCCAGAUUCAACCUGCCUUUAAUAUUUGCUGUUCUUCGAGGGAGGCCAGGUCUUUUCAAUUAGGUCAGAUGGAAUUUGCUUUGGUAGCCUAUAUAAGAAGCACGGUAUCAGCACAGGGAUUAUUCUUAAGGAUACAGGGUACUAAUGAUCACGGUUGCAUACAUGUAGGUCACUGAUGAAAUCCACAUCCGCAGCAAAAUGACUUACUUUGACUGCAUAGACCGACUCCUAGUGAGCUUUUUCCAUGGCUAUGGAAAACAGAUUGCUCGCAAACCUCUCAUUGUCUUACUCGGAUCUCUAGUCAUGGCCAUUGGACUAAGUCUUGGGGUCCUCUUUAUACAAUUAGACACAGAUUCUAUCCGUCUUUUUACGCCUGACAAGAGUCAAGCAAGGGAUGAAAGUGUUCUUAUGUACGAAAAAUACCCAGUGCAUUAUGAUGAUUAUUUUCCUUCACGGGGCAAGGGUAUAUUUGAUCAGGGUUCUAACGCUAUUGCAAUACCGAUACAUGGCAAUAACGUCAUGAAGGAGGAUGUCAUUCUUGAAAUACUGCGCUUUGAUCAUGGAGUACAGAACAUCACAGUGCAAAACUCCUCUGGGACAACCUUCAAUUAUUCAUCUUUAUGUGCAAUGCGGCAAGGAGCUUGUCUUGCAAACCCUAUCCUUCAAGCCUAUUCUUACAACGCCAGUCGUGUUGGAGAAAUCAAUGUCACCUACCCUUUCUACCAACCUACCAAAACUAGUGCAAUAUUUGUUGGGGCCUCUCUGGGAGAUGUAAUUAUUGAUGAAGAUUCUGUAAUCUUGUCAGCCGGUCUUUUUGCACUUAAUUAUUACUUGGAAACCAUCCCAGAAAUGCAAAAAUUGAACAAAGAAUGGGAAGAAGAAUUCAUCCAUUACGCUAUAAAGGACUUUGCUUCAGAAGUCAUCUCAGUAUCGUUCAUCGUUUCUCAUUCUCUUGAGAAAGAAAUUAUGAACCUUACAAUUACAAUCCUACCCUACCUGAUCGUCGCUGUGGUGCUUCUCUCGUGUUUCGCUGUUGCUUCCUGCUUGGUGGCUGACUGGGUGCUCAGUAAGACAACCCUUGCAAUGCUUGGAUUGUUCUCUGCUUCACUGGCUAUUGGAUCUUCGACUGGCCUCCUGUGUUACAUUGGUGUUCCUUUCAAUAUUGUGGCUGCUUCAAUGCCAUUCUUAAUCAUCGGCAUUGGGAUCGAUGAUAUGUUCAUCAUGAUUGCUGCAUGGCGGAAGACAAAUCCCCAAGACACGGUAGAAGAACGCAUGGGUCACACUUUUUCUGAAGCUGCCGUGUCCAUCACCAUAACCAGCAUUACUGAUGCCCUAGCCUUUGGGAUUGGAGCAAUCUCGCCUCUACCAGCUGUCCGAGUCUUUUGUCUCUAUACAGGAGUGGCUGUCAUCUUUGACUACCUCUUUCAAAUCACUUUCUUUGGGGCUUGCAUGGUGUACAGUGGCAGGAGAGAAGCAGCCAACCGACACUGCAUCACUCUGGCUAAGGUUGUUCCCCGCAAUGAGGCUAAAACCAAGUUCUACAAGCUGUUUUGCUCUGGCGGGUCUUCAGCAAAGGAUCGUGAUAGUUUGAAGAGUUCUUGUGAAACAGCUCUGAUGACAUUCUUCAGAGACCACUAUGGUCCCGUUCUGAUGACUCCAGCAGUGAAGGUCUUUGCUCUUCUCUUGUUCCUAGCAUACAUGGGUACUGCCAUUUUUGGCUUAUUCCAUGUCAAUGAAGGCUUAGAAAUGAAAAAGCUAUCUGGCGAUGGUUCACCUACUCAUACUUUCUUUGAUUAUCAAACCAAAUUUUUCUCAGAAUACGGACCCCCUGUGUCUGUAGCCAUACAUGACAGAUUAAAUUACAGUGAUCCAUCUGUCCAACGAUCUUUAGAACAGGUAAUUUCUGAUUUUGAAAAUAGUGAAUACAUCCACACAUCAAACAUGACUGAAUUUUGGUUGAGAGACUUCUUAAAAUUCCUUGAUCUGAUACACAUUCCUGAAGAACGGAGGGUAAAUGAAUUCAUGACACUUCUGGUCGAUCAGUUCUUAAAAGUGCCAUAUUUUUCUAAAUAUGUGGAAGACAUCAUUUUCAAAGAUGGCUCAAAUAGAACAGAAAUUGCUGAAUCACGCUUUAUUAUAUUAGGAGAGAGUUUGGAAACGACCCACCAGCAAAUGGAAAUGAUGACUGAUGUCCGAGCUCGGGCUGAUAAAGCUGAUAUGAACUUGACAACAUUUUCCCCUAUGUUCAUAAUCUAUGAACAGUUUGUAGUAGUUCGUCCACUGACAAUUCAAAACAUAUUGAUAGCUGUAGGAUGCAUGUUUUGCAUCGCUCUUCUCCUCAUCCCACAUCCAUUCUGUGCUGUUAUGGUAACAGCUUGCAUCGUCUCCAUCCAAAUUGGUAUCAUUGGUUACAUGUCCUUGUGGGACGUACGACUAGAUGGUAUCUCCAUGAUCAACAUCAUCCUCUGCAUUGGCUUCAGUGUGGACUUUUCGGCACAUAUCACCUAUGCUUUUCUGUCCACCAAGAAAUGCUUUGAUGACCAUGACCAACACCAUCGGAAGCUCUCUGUUGCAGAGCGCCAGGCUGUCAUGGCACUCUACUCCCUUGGGAUGCCUAUCGUCCAGGGUGCGCUGUCAACCAUCUUGGCCACGAUUGUACUAGUGUUUUCCCCAAGCUACAUCUUCAGAACUUUCUUCAAGAUCAUGUUCAUGGUUAUGAUUCUUGGUAUGGUCCACAGCCUCAUCUUCCUGCCAGUUCUCCUCUCAACCUUUGGUCGGUUCUUCAAGCUGACCUCGGAACAGUCCGUGCCUCCCGUAUACACGAUGAGCAAGAAGGUUGAUACAGUUGAUGGGGAAGGUAAGAGAGUGUUUGUGACAGAUAAUACCAUGCUGCAUGUUUUUCCCAUGUUUGGUGGAAAAGUUACUACUGUCUAACAUUAGUCAUCCCUCUUUAAAAAGUACAAACUCUAUGCAUAAUACAUGUAUUUAACACUUUAUGUAGUAUCCUGUGAGCUACUUGUAGUUUAUUAUAAAUACAUUAUCAGGGCAGCAUUUCUUGAAGCAUGCUGUCAAUGAUUUUUGUUUCACCUGCAUAGCAGAGUGAGACUAUAGGCGCUGCUUUUCCAACUGCGGCUGCGGCGUCAACAUCAAAUCUUAACCGAAGGUUAAGUUUUUUAAAUGACAGCCUAACUUAGAGAGUAUAUGGACCUAGUUCAUGAAAAUUGGGCAUAAAGCUUAUAAUCAAAUCAAGUAUCAAUGAACAUCCUGUGUGAGUUUCAGGUCACAAGGUCAAGGUCAUUUAGGGUCAGUGAACUUUGGCCAAGUUGGGGGUAUUUGUUGAAUUACCAUCAUUACUUAUAAAGUUUAUGGAUUCAUAAAACUUGGACUUACAUAUUUAAGAGUAAUCAAGUAUCACUGAACAUCCUGUGCGAGUUUCAGGUCACAUGACCAAGUUCAAAGGUCAUUUAAUUUCAAUGAACUUUGGCCGUUUUGGGGGGUAUUUGUUGAGUUACCAUCACAAUUCUGAAAUUAUAUUGGUCUAGUUCGUAAAACUUGGACAUAAGAGUAAUCAAGUAUCACUGAACAUCCUGUGCGAGUUUCAGAUCACAUAACCAAAGUCAAAGGUCAUUAACGUCAAUAAACUUUGGCUAUGUUGGAGGUAAUUAUUAAAUUGCUCUCGUAACUUUCAAAGUUUAUGGAUAUAGAUUAUGAAUUGUGGACAUAGGGGUAAUCAAGUACCACUGACAAGUCCUAGGUCACAUGAUCAAGGUCAAAUGUCAUUUAGGGUCAAUGAAUGUAGGAUUGUAUCACUAUAAUGAAUUUGUGUUUUUUGUGAAUAGUUAUUUUAUAGUAGUUUUCAAAGUCAGCUCUGCUGCUAUAUUGAAUCGCGUAAUGCAGGUGAGACUGCCAGAGGCGCUCCACUUGUAUAACUUAUAAGCCACUGAAUCAUUUGAUUCACUGAGAGCAAAAGUGUCUGCAGAAUUACUGACAAGGUGCUUCUUGAAAUGUCUCUUGAAUUACUUUAAUCCUGUAUCUAGAAAUUUCCUGUUCAUGCUUUGCACUCUUUGAUGAUCAUGUUUAACCCCCUUCUUUUCCUUGAAAUUGUAUACUGUAUCCAUACAUUUACAUCAUUGAAAAAAAUUCCUCCUAUUAUGCCAUUGCAAUAUUUCAAUAUUGACUCUCAUUUUGCCUGUAUAUUGUAUUAAACAUGUCUUCCUUGUGUCCAACACAGAAAACACUUAUAAUUUUCUAUUGCAAACCAUGUUACCGUAUAAUUGAUCGUACCAAGUUUUGUUUACUUUUCUCUGUAUAUCUGUACUCUUCUUCCUUUCACAAACAAUAUUAUUUUCUUCACAGAAAAGUGUCACAUGUACAUGCAACAGAGAAUGCAUUUUUCAUAUUGCAUUGCAAUGUUGGUUGCAUAUGAUUUUGUGGGAUGUGAUCUCUUGAACAAAAAAAAAUUAUGUAGUGUAGAUCUAUGCUGAGCACUUGCAAAAUUGAAAUCCAAAAAGUACAGUACUUUUUAUGAAGUAAUAUUUGGAACUAAUAAUGGCAUGGAGGUACUGUUGUUUGUAUUACAUGCUGCUCUUCACAAAUGGAUAGUGCAAAAAAAAAUUGUGCACAAAUAGUGUGUGUUGAUUCUGUGGAGGUGUUGUGGUGUAGUGGUUCUGUCACUUGACUCUUUAAACAGGGUCAAGGGUUCGAAUCCCAACCAGUGCUAAUGUCCUUUGGCAAGGCACUUACGUUUGUCACUUUCCACCCAGGUGUUAAAUGGGUAUCCGGUAGGAUGUGAACAUCACUGUUAUUAGAUUUGCAUGUGUGCACCGAUAUAAAGUGGUUGCCUGGACGGGGUAGCGUUUCAUAAAAGGAUUUGUCGGACGUUUUAUCCGAUAAGUACCAUCUUAUCCGACAGUUACCAUAGUAACAAGGCCUCUUAGCAAAUCAGAAUCAAGGAAAGAUGUCAGAUCUGACUACUUGUCGGACAAAAAUGUUGAUGAAACGCUCCCCAGGAUACUCCCCAGAGAGUGGUGAUAGCGCACUUUAUUUUGUGGAAAAUUGAUGGAUCCGACUCGUAUGACCGGGGUAAUAAUAACGUAGGUAUAAUGUAAAGCUCUGAGAAACAAAGUACACUGUAUGAAGCACUAUAUUACUAUAACUAUUAUUGUUUUCUUAUUCUUGUAUUUUACUUUUGUGAACAUUUGAUUGUACAUGUACAUGUAUGCAUGCCACGUUAUACAUUGUAUGGGUGUACCACAUGUUGGCCUACAUGUACAUGACUAUGUUGUAUUGAUUUUAAUAGUGUAUAGUACGCAGCUAUGCAAAAAAAAUAAAUCCUUAACAUAUAGUCAAGCAAGUGUGAUACAAGUACAAUAUAAACUUCUUUUUUUUUGUGCUUGUCAAUUUUGUUUCCUGCGUCCCCCCUAAAUUCAGGUAAAUUCAGGUGGACCCCCCUAAAAUUUUUGUGGUCCCCCCUAAAAUUUUGGUUGAUAACCUUUUUUUUUUUUUGGCUUGUCAAUUUUUUACCAGCGUCCAUCCCAAAAUUUUUUGGCUUCCGCCGCCAAUGAGUGCAUCCGUGGAACAGAACACAAUAUGCUCAUCAGUCUUUAAUACCUACAACUUCUAUGAAUCUUCUCACAAAUAAGACAGUACCAGGACUUUUUCAUUCCGUCCCAUGAAAAAUAUAUUGCUGCCACUGAAAUAAUACAGACAUAUCGGCCUAGUUUUUGUUUGCAGAGCUGGAUGCUUUAAUACUUGAUACACCUAUAUAAAGGUUGAGUAAAGUUUGUUGAAAUGUUAGUGAGCAAAAAUACUCUCAAAGUCAAUCCUUUACAAUCCUUUUAUAGAUUCCUGGGAUCAGACUUGCCUGUAUUGCAAGUUUUUGAAUAAUUUUUCCCCAUUUUAUUGCUUGAAUUGUAGCAAUGUAGUAAUGCUGUAUGUAGAUCUGUGUAAAACAUUAAAAUAUACUGCCAAUGCUUUUCAAUGCAGAACUUUUUUUAGGACUUCUCUUGCUUUGUAAAUUAUAAAAUAGACCAAGGUCUUGAUACCAUGGAGGUCAUGAAUGGUUUGUUAAAAUUCAUUCUUGAACCACUGCUGGUUUUGCUUUUUACAUUGAGGUAAGAAUAUGCCAGAUAGUGUUUGUAUAUACCAGCAUCAUCUUUGCCCACAUUUUGCCAGUAAAAAUAGAAGGAGAAUGAAACGCUGGGAGCAAUUUACAUGUAGCUCUUGUGAAAGCAGAUGAUUGAACAAAAUGUUUGAGAAAAAAUGGAUUGGAUAAGCAAUGCAAAAUCUUUGAGCAUCUGAUUGUGGAGAGGAAGAUCCAUUGGCGAUGGAAACAAGAUUUGUAAUGUCACUCGUGUAUAAGGGGAACAACCCUCCCCUUUGGAGUUUGGACACUGAAUUUAUACCACCCCCCCCCCUCAAAAAAAAAAAAAUGUUGAUCUUGUCUGCUUAUUCUAAUGUUAUGACAAACAAUAUCCUCUCUUAAAAGAGAACACCCGAUCUUGUAAUACAUUAUUAUGAAAAGUAUUCAAUGAAGUUAUCAUAGUUCUUGGUUGUAUUGUCAACUAGAUAGUGAUCACAACAAUCAAAUGGUCAUAACUUUCUCAUCAAUCUUCCUCAAACUUUGAUUGAUCUAUUUAUUUUUCUUUUUUGUGCAUUCAACUGCUUUUAAGGGUUUCAUUAUCUUUUUGUACAAGACCUACAUGUACAUACUUAGUGUGCUCAUGAAAUUUUAUGAUUUCAUGCUUUGAAAGGCCUUGAUAUACACUGUAUAUGUAUGUGCAAGUAAUGUCUAAAAGAUGAUCCAAGAGGAAUUUAUUAUUAGAAUGUUCGUAGAACUUUAAAUCAUUUUCAAAUAAAUGCAUUGCCUAUUUGUGUGUGAUACCUUUCAAGAGCAAUCAGAAAUUGCUAAUUAUUCUGAAAGAAUACUGACAAUUUUUGGUAGAAGUUGAAAUGUAUAUAUCAGGCAAGUAAAAAAAGGAGUUAUUUUUAUUGUUUGUAUAUAGGAUAAAGAUUAUUGCAUUUUCAGACAUUUUUAUUUCAUUUCCUGUAUUGGGGACAAUUGAGGAAUAUUUCCUUUUCAUUAUUCAAACUUUUGUAUCUAUUGAGUGCAUGCAUCUGCUUCUCUGGUAAUUGUGAACCCCCCCCCCCCCACAAAAAAAAUAAUAAUAAUAAAAUCACAAUAAUAUGAAAGAAAAUGAUGAUUUUGUUAUUAUGCCAGAGGUGAAAAUUCCUGCUAUUUUUUUUUAUGGGGGGGGGAUACAUUUACAUGUACAGUGUAGGCACACUUUUAUCUUAAAGUAAAACUCUAACAUCUUUUUAUCAGAAAUGCAAUGUUGUUUUAUAGCUUGAAUGUGUGUUCCUUGAAAGCAUUUAUGAAAUGUUUUCACUAGAUUUUUAAUAUAGUUUGAUGUUUUACUUUUCACAGGGUCUUUUAUUUCAAUUUCGAAUCUAUCUUGUGCAUUAUCAAUUGCACAAUAUUUAUACAAAAGUGCAAGUGAAUAAAGAUUUGCUUCAUAGAAUACUA